UCCCCCUUCGGUUUUUUUGUCUGAUUCCGGAAUGGUGUCUACCUUCGAACUCCUCAAACCAGUCCUUUAUUAUAUUCUGUAGUUAUAAUGUUUGUUAUUAUUAUGAAGUACUUCUGUUCAAUUUAAAAUGUUUGUUCUAGUUUACAAUAUUUGAUUUACAAGAUCCGAUACGAUUGUCUUGUUUUAUCAAAUUAGUAUCGAAAAUGUGGAAAGAAAGUGAAUGAAAUUUAAAUUUGUGAGUGUUUAAUAAGCAACCUAAUUUAGAACGGAGUGUUCUCUAUAGGAUGGAGAGCAAGAUGCAUGGAAUGAAGAAAAAAGAAAUUGGAAAAAAAGAAAAAGAUCUUUGAACAAAUUGAAUCGAAUCAUAUCAACUACCCCUCAACAAGUAGGUUGAUCUUCCCAAUUUCUAAUUGAUUUCUUUCCCAUUUCAAAUUUCCUAAUAAAACCAAUAUAUACCUCCCUACUCCCAAAUCCCACUACGUGUAGUUUCUUUCUGGCCGGCCGGGUGUGGAAAAAAGAAAUUAAUGGCGGCGGCGGCUGCAGCUUCAUAUUCGAAGAACAAUGGCGGCGGAUGGGCGGCAGAGAGGGCGGAAGAAGACGAUGGGUCUUAUUCGUCGCCGCCGCAUGUGCUGGCUGUUGACGACAAUCUCGUUGACCGCAAGAUUGUUGAAAGACUGCUCAAAAGCUCUUCUUGUAAAGUGACAACUGCAGAGAAUGGUUUGAGGGCCUUGGAGUAUUUGGGUUUGGGAGAUGAUCCAAACAACACCCCAAACAUCAAUGGAUCAAAGGUGAAUAUGAUCAUCACAGACUACUGCAUGCCAGAAAUGACAGGCUAUGAGCUGCUCAAGAAAAUCAAGGAAUCAUCAAACAUGAGACACAUCCCUGUUGUCAUAAUGUCAUCUGAAAACAUACCCACUCGGAUCAACCAAUGCAUAGAGGAAGGAGCUCAGAUGUUUAUGCUAAAACCGUUGAAACAGGCAGACGUUAAGAGACUAUUAGGAGGCCAGUUGGCGCAAUAAUAGCAAUCGAAUAUGAUUGUCAAACACCAAAUACUACAUUGUACUCUGAUAAACCAUGUUUAUCAUAUGUUGUAAUCUUAGUUAGCAAUCAUUCUUUGAGUUUGCUAAGAAUGAACAUUCAUAUGAAAUAGGUGGUCUGGUCUCUCUAUGAAAUUUCUCUUUUUUUUUUCUGGUUUGUUUAGAUUAAUUAUAGGGUUCGUUAUUUUAAACUUUAUAUUCCAGUUAUUCAAACUCCACGUUCGAUUCUCUAAUACAUCUGAUAAUUAUUU